AUGGAAGGCACGCGGCGGACGGAAUGGGCCUCGAAGCACCGUGUAUCGUACGCGUUGCCAAAUAUAGUGUCAUUUGAAAACGAUCUGGCACGGCGAUAUGUUGCGGAUGCGACCGAUACAAGCGCGUCGGUAUUGCCCAUUUAUACGCUCUCCAAGCAGCGAGGGCCACGUUUGCAUGCGUGCGGUCGCUUGGGACCACAGGUGCAACGCGUCGAUCCAGGCGCUGCAUCACGCAGUCUUCCGCCCCGUGCGCUGCGACGCAAGCAUUUACGUCCCACUAACGCACUUGCGCUGGAUACGUCGGACGGUGCCAACACCUUGUACAGCGCAGGAAAAGAUGGCCAGAUCUGUACUUGGACAUGGGCGCGCGAAAACCUUUCCACGCCACAUUUUCAGCAGAGCGUCAAAGCACACGACAACUGGAUCGAGGCUAUGGUUCUUUGCAACCAGAACGAGACCGUGGUGACUGCCUCACUGGAUUGCACAAUCAAAGCAUGGAAUCCGCGCGCUGAAGCAUUGCCGUACGAGCUCGGCGUCCACACCGACUUUGUCAAGGCACUUGCAUAUGCACCUGCGUCAGAUUGUGUUGCGAGUGCUUCGCUCGAUCACACCGUGUGUCUUUGGGACUUGCGCCAGGUACGCCGAGCACCCAUGUGGCGAGCAGUGAGCAAUACAAGCAUUUACGCUGUGGCGAGCAGUUUUUCUGGAAGCGUUCUUACCACGGGCGGUGUAGAUCGUCUGGUGCGAGGCUGGGAUCCGCGCAUGCGCGAGUCGACAUUUGCGCUAGUAGGCCACCACGAUAAUGUGCGUGCUUUGCUCAUGUCGUCAGAUGGCAGACGUGUAUUGUCGGCUUCGUCGGACGCAACUAUACGUUUGUGGGAUGUUGGAGAGCAACGAUGCAUCCAUACAUUUAUGCAUCACGACAGCAGCGUGUGGUCGCUUGCCUCCACCGAUACCUCGCUGAACGUGUUUUACUCGGGCGAUCGCGAAGGGUACUUGUGCAAAGUAGAACAGGAUGCGCAAGGUGAAAGAGACGGUAUUCUGAUUGCACACGCUCAGGAUGUAGAUGCAAAUGGUCAUACAGAUGCGGCUGCUAUUAGCAGCAUUGCACCCGAUCCAGGUCAUUGUGUAUGGUCAUCCAACGCCAGCAUAUGCUCCAUUCGCGGCUGGCAAGACGCGCCUGUGCAACGUCGCGAUGCCAUUGCGUCGCGCCAUUUCAUUCAGCUGGGUACGAGCGGUGUGUCAACAUCGGAGAAUGUUGUGACGCAAGAUGCAGUCCCGCUAAGCGCCACGCCAGCAUGCCAAAUCGCCGGUGAGUACGGGCUUACUCGCGCUGUUGUGCUUAACGAUCGUAUCCAUGCGCUCUCCAUCGACAUGAUGGGAGUGCUCGCCUUGUGGAAUCUAGUGCGUGCUGUGUGCAUCGGUACGUUGGACCCUGCAAGUGUACAUGCGGCUGCAUUGAAGCGCAACAGUCUUACCAACAAAUGGCGACCGCAGGAUCGGCCUAGUGAUACGCUAGAAAUGAUCCAGCCGUUGAUCGAUGGCGACGAUGUGAUUGCGCCGUGGUGCUCUGUUGACACAAUGACUGGCACUCUGCGCGUGCAUCUUGACCCAGCAAGUGUAUUUGCUGCCGAUGUAUACCAGGAUGCGAUAUUUGCCAGCCUCCCUAUACAGCCGGAGUGGACCGAUGAGCGUAGUAAUGUUGGCGCUUGUGUACUACGCAAUCUCUUUGCCCACUUUACGGCAGGAGAGCGAGGAAUGCGGAGCGAAGGACUGGUGCUGACGGGGAUGCCACUUUUGUUGCACGUUUUGGAAACGACGCAGCAAACGCCAGAGCAACUGUUGCAAAUUCCUUUGGUGCAGUGGCUUCCGCAGGUGCUUUUGUACGCACAACCCAUUGACCGCAAAUGCACGUUGCAAAAUGUGCUGGGGAGUAUGACGAGUGAACAUCCCCUAGUCCCAGCCCCUGCGCAAGUGCACCAGUCGCAGAGCGAGAUUCUGUUUCGGGAUCUGUUGCAAUCGCUCUACGUAAUGCUGUCGACACCGCCGACGGCUUCGUCAAGGCCUUUGCAAAAGGAAGCGCCGGGGACAGAAAGUACCUCGCCUACACUUUUUGGGUCCUUGCGCAAAACACUAGCUAGAGGAAAGGUUGAUGCACCUUUGCUUGCACAGACGCCCCAGAAUGAGCCCAAGGAUGAACCGCACCAUCUUCGCAAUGUACAAGCCGUACUGCAAAAUCUUUCGCGUGCACCGCCGCCUUGCGAUGAGACGCCUUCGAUCCCCUACGAUCCGAGCAUGGCCGUGAGUAUAUCACGUGCCGUACAUCACUCGGAGCAGGAGCAGGAAGUGUUUCGUGGCAGGGUUGGGACCAUGGCGCGGGACCUGCCGCUUUUGGAGCUUCUUUCUCCAAUAUGGCUGUUGAACGCAACGCUCUUGGCUGUAAAAGACAAGGAUGGAGAUGCAGUCCAGUUGAAAUUAGUCCCAUGGAAGCCUGGUACUCUGACGAGUGGCACACUGCCCAGUCUGUCGGACGCAAAGCAAACUCCAAAAAUACAACGGCUGCAACGCAUUGGACAUAUUGCCGCAUUUGUGCAAGAUGCGUUGCAAGGUGCAGGCAGCAGUGCGGCAUCGCCGCUAGAUAUACCCAUCGAGCUCCUAUGCAACGAGGUGCCUGUUUCGCCUAUGGCUACGCUCGCGCAAUGCCAACGUCAUUGCUGGAAAGCCGCCGCCCCGAUGGUGUUGGCAUACCGUAGGACACUUUCUGCGUAG